UCCUGACGGCCUGCCCCAGGUUCCCGGACUCAGUGUAGUGAGAAGCUACGCGGGCCGGGUUCUCCGGCCGGAAGUCGAGGGGCGGAGCCAAGGGCCGCGGGCGGCAGAGUGCCGGAAGUUAUGCUCAGGGUGGGUGGGUUCUUUACUCUUUUUCCCCGUGGCUGUUCUCCUACUUUAGAAAGACCCCGGCGACCUGUUUCUCAGCCCCAACUCGCCCUCAGACUGCCAGAUGUCUGCGAUUCCUGCUGAGGAGAGCGACCAGCUGCUGAUCCGACCCCUGUAAGGGACCGGCGAGAGAGGGAAUGAAGUCACAGGCUGUGGGAGAGGCGAGGAGGGGUGACGGGGAGGUCUGGCCUGCUCCGUCAUCCCCUACUCCAACAUGCCUCUACAGCCUGCCCGUGGGCCGCGGCUGCGAGCCAGGCAGGCCUCUCGGGCUCAAGGGGCUUGGAGAACUGUUGAUCAGAAGCGGCCUGCUAGGCCGAAUGGGAUUUUGCUUUCUCAUCAGUUUCCGGGGAGGUGGAGCUGGGCAAGAAGUAGGAAGAUCAUGUAUUAUUCUCGAGUUCAAAGGAAGAAAAAUAAUGCUGGAUUGUGGGAUCCACCCUGGCUUAGAAGGAAUGGAUGCUCUUCCUUACAUCGAUUUAAUUGACCCAGCUGAGAUUGAUCUCCUAUUAAUUAGUCAUUUUCAUUUGGAUCACUGUGGAGCGUUGCCCUGGUUUCUACAGAAGACAAGUUUCAAAGGAAGAACGUUUAUGACUCAUGCCACAAAAGCUAUUUAUAGAUGGCUUCUUUCAGAUUAUGUCAAAGUUAGUAACAUAUCAGCAGACGACAUGCUGUAUACUGAGACAGAUUUGGAAGAAAGCAUGGACAAAAUUGAAACUAUCAACUUUCAUGAAGUUAAAGAAGUUGCAGGAAUCAAAUUUUGGUGUUACCAUGCCGGCCAUGUCCUAGGAGCCGCCAUGUUCAUGAUUGAGAUCGCAGGCGUGAAGCUUUUGUACACAGGUGAUUUCUCAAGACAAGAAGAUAGGCACUUAAUGGCAGCUGAAAUUCCUAAUAUUAAGCCUGAUAUUCUUAUCAUUGAAUCUACGUAUGGGACCCAUAUCCAUGAGAAACGUGAAGAGCGAGAAGCAAGAUUCUGUAACACUGUCCAUGAUAUUGUAAACAGAGGUGGCAGAGGUCUCAUUCCUGUCUUUGCUCUUGGAAGGGCUCAGGAGCUGCUCUUGAUUCUAGAUGAGUACUGGCAGAAUCACCCAGAACUACAUGACAUUCCAAUAUACUAUGCAUCAUCUUUGGCCAAGAAGUGUAUGGCAGUGUACCAGACAUAUGUAAAUGCCAUGAAUGACAAAAUCCGCAAACAGAUCAACAUCAAUAAUCCCUUUGUUUUCAAACACAUUAGUAACCUCAAGAGCAUGGAUCAUUUUGAUGACAUUGGUCCCAGUGUUGUAAUGGCCUCCCCAGGCAUGAUGCAAAGUGGCUUAUCCAGAGAGUUAUUUGAAAGCUGGUGUACUGAUAAGAGGAAUGGUGUCAUUAUAGCCGGGUACUGUGUAGAAGGAACACUUGCCAAGCAUAUCAUGUCUGAACCUGAAGAAAUCACUACCAUGUCUGGACAGAAGUUACCACUGAAAAUGUCUGUUGAUUACAUUUCUUUCUCUGCUCACACUGAUUACCAGCAAACCAGUGAAUUUAUUCGCGCUUUGAAACCGCCUCAUGUGAUUUUAGUCCAUGGAGAACAGAAUGAAAUGGCCAGAUUGAAAGCAGCGCUGAUUCGAGAAUAUGAAGAUAAUGAUGAAGUUCACAUAGAGGUUCAUAAUCCUCGGAAUACAGAAGCAGUGACCUUAAACUUCAGAGGAGAAAAACUAGCCAAGGUUAUGGGCUUUUUAGCAGACAAAAAACCAGAACAGGGCCAGCGGGUCUCCGGAAUACUUGUUAAAAGAAAUUUUAAUUAUCACAUACUUUCUCCUUGUGACCUGUCCAAUUAUACUGACUUGGCCAUGAGCACUGUGAAACAGACCCAAGCCAUUCCAUAUACUGGUCCCUUUAAUUUACUCUAUUACCAGCUACAAAAAUUGACAGGUGAUGUAGAAGAAUUAGAAAUCCAAGAAAAACCUGCUCUGAAAGUAUUCAAAAAUAUUACUGUAAUCCAAGAACCAGGCAUGGUGGUAUUAGAAUGGUUGGCAAACCCUUCUAAUGACAUGUAUGCAGAUACUGUAACAACCGUGAUCCUAGAAGUUCAGUCAAAUCCCAAAAUAAGGAAAGGUGCAGUACAAAAGGUUUCUAAAAAAUUAGAAAUGCAUGUUUACGGCAAGAGAUUGGAGAUCAUGCUUCAGGACAUAUUUGGAGAAGACUGUGUAAGUGUCAAAGACGACUCUAUUCUUAGUGUCACAGUGGAUGGAAAAACUGCUAACCUUAACUUGGAAACACGGACUGUGGAAUGUGAAGAAGGAAGUGAAGAUGAUGAAUCCCUCCGAGAGAUGGUGGAGCUGGCUGCACAGAGACUAUAUGAGGCCCUUACACCAGUUCAUUGAUAACCUUAUGUCUGUAUAUGUUAACACUUUUUAAAAAUACUUGACUCUACUUCUGUUACUGAAAAUAAAAUAUGUUAGUUACUCUGGGGUAGCCUAUUGA